AUCAUCGUCGAUUGAAACCUCAGCACGACCGGAAAUGCCCAUAAACUUCUCUUAAUUGAAUCUACAUCGCAUUCGCCAUGGCGUCGAAGCUCGCCCCGGUCCUUCUUAGAACGGCAGCUCGCUCAGUAUGUCGAGCUCCUCGGCGAUCGCAGUUCCGGGCUUUCACUGCCAGCAGCUCUAGGAGAAGUGAAACCCUCGCAGUGCACCGGAAUACACCCGAUAACAACCCUGGCCUACCUUUCAAGUUCUCGGCCCAGAAUGAAGAAGUCAUCGCAGAGAUCCUCAAACGAUACCCUCCCCAAUACAAGAAAGCCGCCGUGAUGCCGCUGCUGGACUUAGGCCAGCGUCAACAUGGUUUCACAUCUAUAUCGGUCAUGAACGAGGUGGCGCGACUCCUCGAGAUGCCCCCUACGCGUGUUUAUGAGGUCGCUUCCUUCUAUACCAUGUAUAACAGAACGCCUGUUGGCAAGUUCUUCGUUCAAGCUUGCACUACGACACCAUGCCAACUCGGUGGCUGCGGUAGCGACGUGAUUGUGAAGGCGAUCAAGGAGCACCUAGGCAUUAAGCAAGGCGAAACGACAGCGGACGGACUCUUCACAUUUAUCGAGGUAGAAUGUUUAGGCGCUUGCGUCAAUGCUCCUAUGAUCCAGAUUAACGACGAUUUCUACGAAGACCUGACCCCCGAAUCUACCAAGCAACUGCUAACGGCGCUGAAAGAGAGCGCCUCGUCGACCAGCUCCAAGGUCAAGGUGCCCGCACCCGGCCCUCUUAGCGGCCGCCAGACUUGCGAAAACAGCGCUGGCCAGACAAACUUAACGAGUGAGCCAUGGGGUAUUGAGACUACGAGGACGGACCUAUAACCAAGGAGAGCAUAGGCAUCGACUUAGACACUGUAUAUAAGCCAUAUCUGUACUGAUUCAUGAACGAAAAAAAAAUUACAUCACCCUUUGUAAUGAUCCACCAACGUGCC